GUCAUUUGCCUGCUUGCCAGCCUUGCCAGCCGCUCAGAUUCCGAAGAUCAGUCCACUCAACUGGUUGAUGCUUUUCCCCCCGUCGCUUUCCUGCUCAGCACCCCGUGGUUUGCGAAACUCUUUCCAGGCAACAACAUGAUGUUCUGGCAGCUUUUGCUGCUUGUGCCGUUGGUGGCGUCAGGCACCCGUACUGGGAUCCAACAGCUGGCGCUGAGCACCGAGAGGAAGAUUCGUGUGAGACUUCUUUUGGUUCGACAUGGAUUGUCUUGCGCCAAUGUUAUCCGGCACUACAGUGAAUUAUUCGAGGUGCUGAAGCACAAGAACUUUCUUGACGCGCCCCUGUGCGAUUGCGGCAAACGCCGGACUGAACGAGCGGCGAGCCUUCUUGCAAAUGAGACCGUGGACAUUGUGGUGGCAUCCAACCUGAUGCGCGCAAUCGAAACGGCAUGGAUUCAAUUCGGGCAUCGCCCAGUAAGUGUGGUUCCCAGCAUCGGAGAAGCUCAUCACGGAAUCGCUGCGGGCAUGGUCAAGCUCGGAACGUUCGCAGGUGUCAUCAAGGGCGAUUUGGACAACACUGCACGGGUCAAAGAGGAUCAGCUCAAGAUCCUGCGGAGCUUGCAUCCCGAGAUCAACGUGAACUACAGUUACCGCAAUGACUCGGCAGAGCUUUCAAGCUGGGAGCACUUUGAGGAAUUCUUGCAGGCUAAGUUGCUGCCGGAGAUGGUUGCAAAGGACCCACGCAAGACCAGUUUUACCAUUGGCGUGGCCGCCCACUCCAUAUUCCUGAGAGACUCAGUAGGAAGGAGAUCAGCAAACUGCCCGACUGUCAGUGGCCUUGUUUGUGCUUCGAGAGUCAUUUUGGGAUCACCGCAGCCAAAGGAGGUGAGAACGUUGUUUGGAACAGAGAUUCGCAGCGACAGGCAGACAAUUUGUCAUAACCAGAUGCCUGGCAAAGGCAGCGACGAGCAUGGUGGCAAGCCCUACAACAAUCAAAUUCUGGAGAUUUUCUACAACUACGAUGGAGGCGCUUUCACAAUCGACCCCAGCGCUGGAUGCAGGACCCUGGGCUCCUCGCCAGAAUUGCCGUAUGGGGUUCCAGGUAGUCCACAGCACAUUUGUGAGGGUGAUAUUGGCCGGUGCGCUCCUGUGUGGAGGGAGCUGAAGGGCAAGCCUUCACUCACAAUGGAGGCGCAGUCAAACUUGCCAGCUCUCCCGAUGCAUGAGCAAGUGCUAGAUGCGGCUGCUCGUCUGCAGCGUCGAUUCACCGGGCCGACUACAUCAGAGACCUUCAGCAUGCGUGGCGACCUCCCACAGGUUGAAACUGUGGAGCAGAAGUGGGUUGACGCCUGGAACAAAGCGGAUAAGAAGUGCGCGAGUUCUGACGUGCCCCGUUCUUCAUGCGAAGAUCUCCCAGUAUAUCCAGAUACUUCUUCGAAAGCGGUUUGCGAUUGCGUGUGAUUUGCGAUUGAACGUGAUUUGCCAGCGCAAAGGCCGCGGCUUCGGGACUGGUUCAUGCAAGAGUGCUGCAGCUGAUGCAUACAGUUGCGGCGACUGGCCUUCUGCAGACUUUCGGCUUUGGAAGUUGUAGAUAGCCUGCUCAUGGCAAAGCA